AAACCAGCUGGAUUUUCUUUCCACUUCGGUGUGCUGGUCGACGUGGUCCUUCUCUCCUCUCGUCUCCACAGUCCACACACACCGUGUGCGGCGGUAGCUGCUGCUGCCCGUGCCUACCGAAGAAGACAAGUCCAACACUGUUGUUCUGUUCCGUGAUUGCGGAAUUUGCUUCACCACACCUUCAUCAGAGAGCCGAGACGACACGCUCGAGACCCAGCAAGGCAAGAAGAACACGAGAGAGACAGCAGGCACCAGGCAGGGAUCAAUCAUCCGUCCAUGGAGAACCUAAAGGAGCAGCGGGGCCACGACGCGGCGGGCGCCAACGCCUGGAUGACGGUGCCGGCGUUCGGGGACUGGGACACGAAGAACGGCGCGCUGCCGGACUACUCCAUGGACUUCUCCAAGAUCCGCGAGAUGCGCAAGCAGAACAAGAAGGAGCUCUCCCGCGCCAGCCUCGGCGGCGACGACGACCUCCUCGCCCACGCCCAGAAGCCGCAGCCCAGUAUCGCCCCGCCCAAGCUCGGCCGCCCCCGCCCCGGCCCCGCCGACGACCACUCCCCAACGGGAGGGAAGAAGUUCCUGAGCUACUUCCGGUGUUGUAUCAAGGCCUGAAGAGGUGCUGCUCUAGUGCCUGCAGUCCCUGUGUUUUUUUUUCGCAGCAGAACACUUGUGAGCAAUCAGGCCUCGGUUUUGUUAAGUACCCCGUGUCCAAAAACGUGUAAUAUAUUUGUCCUUAUGGAUCAGUCGUUGGGCCUGUAUGAAGAACAGACCAGUUUAUGGGGUAAGCAACGUUCUUUUUGUACACAUACAUCACCAUCGAUUUGUCCUUGAUACGAUCAAGGGGCAUGGUUCGAAUGAAUUGGUUUUGUAAUUAUGAUGGGAAAAUACGUACGGAAAGCACAAAUGACUCCUGGCACCUUUUUCUAUAGGAGCACACAAUUUUUUAUAUAUAGAAGUGUGGAGACUUCUCAGCGAA